UUAAGAAUUUGCCAUAAACUGUAUUUAGACGGUAUUUAAACCGUAUUUUAAAAUUUUAUGUGCUGCGUUUUGGAAGUCAAGUAUCGCUGUUAAAAGUGUUUGACAGCGUGCGGUGGUUCCACCACAUAAAGACAUAUGUAUGUAUGUACAUACAUAAAAAUAAAUUGUUUGCAUCCUUUUUUUAAAUUUUAAAAUUUUGUUUUAUGUUAUGGAAUAUGGGGUCACCUUUUAAAAUAGAAGAUUUUUAUGGUGUUUACUUGCUAUGCAGUAAAAGUGCAAAUCCAAAGUAUAGAGGCCGUUGCUAUGUAGGCUACACAGUGAAUCCAAAUCGAAGAAUUAAGCAACAUAACAAGGGUAUCGACUUCGGAGGUGCCAGAAAAACUAGUAACAAAGGGCCAUGGGUAAUGGUGAUGAUUGUGCAUGGAUUUCCAAAUAACAUUUCAGCAUUGCAAUUUGAGUGGGCUUGGCAAUGGCCCGGGAAAUCAUCUCGUUUAAAAUGUUAUACUGCUUUACAUAAAAAGCUUAGAAAAGAGACAAAUUUUGAGCACCAUUUUCGAAUUUUGUCACACAUGUUGAAAAUAGGUCCUUGGAAUAGAUUGCCGCUAACGAUACGUUGGUUUCUAAAUGAAUACCGCAAAAACUUCCCUUCCGACAUUAUUCCUCCAUUACAUAUGAAAGUUGAAUACGGAUCUGUAUUAAUAAAAAAAAAAAGAUCAAGGGUAAGUGAAUCUGAAAACUUAACUCCAUAUAAAAGCCGUUUAAUUGAGUGUCAUAUGUGCAUGAAAAUAAUAGAAAACUGUAGUAGAUCUAAAAUAACUUGUAUAAAUCCUAAAUGUGUUUUAACCUGUCAUAUAACUUGUCUUGCGAGUCAGUGCUUGGAACCUGGGCAAUAUGUACCUAUUGAAGGAAUCUGCCCAAUCUGUGAAAUUUCUUUUAUUUGGGGCGAUUUAAUAAGGAAGAAAAAUGGAUGCAGUGAUUUGGAAUAUGUUGAUUCUCAAAUUACAUCUGACAGUGAAGGAUCUGACAGCAUCAAUCUAGAUCAUACAGAUAGCGACAGCGACUUUAGUACAUAUUAGUGAUAAAAUUCAUUGAAAUAGCAUCGACAUUUUUGUGCCAAAUAUUUUUGUGAUUUUGAUUUAUACAUACAAAAUAAAGUCGUAAUUCAAUAUAA